AGUGGCAUUGGCGGCAACUCAACUCAAAACCCGUCCGUCCGUCUGUCGUCCCCCUGUCACCUUUGUUUGUUGACUUUCUGCACUUUUUUAACCUCCUUCUGUUGCGUUUGCCCUGCUUUUUGUCUUCCCUAUCAAAUUUCAGUCAUGUCACCAGAUCAGGCAGCACUCAUCAGAUCCUUCCGGCAGGAGCUGGAAGGUGCCAGCUUUGGUUUGGGACAAGUAAACGACAACGAAUUGGAAGGCUGGCUUUUCCAGGCCGGCGCGGACAGGGUGCAUCUUCUCCAGUGGUGCUUGAGCCAAUUGGACCCUGUUCUCCGCGACCGCUUUCAAAAUUGCGAGGAGAAAGAAGCAGAGAAAAGAACGAUUGAACACCUUAAAAGUUAUGGUAUUAGUUCGAGGGCCGAUAUUAUUUUGGGGAGUGCAGCACUCAAAGAGCAAGUCGUGCUAUGGAAGAAACUGCUGGAGCUUUUAAAGGGAGCCAAGAGCCUGAAACAGUCACCCUCAAAGGGAAGAAACACGCGAGCCUCCGUUACAUUACAGACAUGCUCGUCUCUUUCCAACAGCAAAGACUUUUUUGCUUUAUUACAUACAAAGCAAAAGUUAAUCCCUACUGAUUUACGCUGUGUUACAUCUACUGUAUGUAAAAGAGAUUACGAGAAAGAACUAACAGACUCCCUGGCAAGAUUAGAGGAGUUAAAAAAUUUGGCUUCAAAUUUAUCUUCAGAUGAUGAAAAAUCUUUUGCUGAUCGCCCAGUACAAACCAGUGAAGAUUAUGAAGAAAAUUUUCUUUCAAGUUUUAAAAAGAUUAAGGAAUGUCACAAGAUUAUAAUGGAUACAGUUUUUCCAGCAGUGAAGCCGCAACCUGAAAACCCUAUUGUGAAUAUUCUUGGAUCUUACAUUGAGGUUUUAGCUGACAAUCUCUCUGCUUUUGUUCAGAUGCUUAAGUCUACUGAGGAUAUUCAUCAGAUGGCAGAGGCACUGCAAAAGAGUCGCCUUGAAGGCCUGGAAUUUACUGACUCAUCACCCCUUCAAGAAUGCAUUUCAAAAUCAUAUAUGUUAGUUACUGAAACUUUGUCCCUAUGGAGGAUACAUAACUUGACCUGAAAAUUGCUGUUAGUCAGCAAGAAUCUUUAUAAAGUGUCAUUUUUUUAUAAAAAUUUAUUUUCCCUUAAAAUAGUGAUAAUAAUUUAGUGGUAAAUAAUUUCAUCAUAAUUUCAUUAUAAUUUCAUGAUAAGAUAAAUGGAGUGUUAAAUCAAAACAUCAGAAAGGUUCUGGGAGUGUGUAUUCAUCGGCAGGUUCAAUUACAGCUAAACCACCAUCCUCAUUUGUAGCUUGUAUGCACUGUCAAGAUGAAAGAAAAAACAUUAAGUAAGUGAGGAAUUGCUAUGAUUAUGAAUACUUUGACAAGACUGACGUAAUACUUACAAAGAACUCAACAAAGCAUAUCUGUCCAUCAUCCAUUUUCAUCAUGCACUGAAAGCAUAGCAGUCCCUUUUCAUCCAUACGCAAGGAUACUUUCUGAGACACAGCAAUAGCUUUAAUGGUAUGCUUCAGGUGUUCUGAACGAUAUCUAAAAAUGUUUCAUGGAAAUUUAUGAAAUAACACUCCCAUCAGGGUAUUAAUUAUUGAUCUGUGACAAUCUUACCUGAAUGCUGUUCUUACUUUGCAAUCAAAAUGCUCUAUCAUAUCACUUGUUUUCUCAAUUUGAUACUGUAACAUUUUUUUCAAUAUUUUUUUUAAAACACUUAACAAGUAUAAAAGCAGAUUUUGUAAUUCCUGGAAACCUACCUCACUUUCUCCCAGACGACUAGACAUAAAAAAUCGGAAGAAAGGAUAACUGCCAGACAAUUCUAUUCCUAUAAAUUCACUAGUUGUGUCCAAUUCAUCUAAAAUUUCUUUUAAAAACUCAGAUCUUAAGAUUAUCUGCAGGUGAAAGGCAAUGUUAAACAAUUGUACAAGAGAGACUGUAAACAAUGUCCCUGUGAGAAAAGGAUCGCACCUUGUUGAUAACACUGUCAUCACCAAAAGAAAAAUCAGCAAUCUCUCCUGGGUCUUGAGUUCUAA